UCUUCAUCUUAUAAAGUCUCUUGCUGUCGUAAACAGCAAUGUGGUAAUUAGUAAUGGGCUAGUGUUAACGGUUGACGGAUUUUCGAAGCUCGAGAAAUUAUAAAAAAAAAUUAUAAGGAGUAAAGAUGCCUCGUCGAUCUCAUCAAAAAUCUCGUACGGGCUGUCUCGAGUGUAAACGCCGACAUAUCAAGUGUGAUGAGAACCAGCCAGCAUGCGGGAACUGCACAAUUAGUUCGAGACAAUGCUCGUUUUUAUCUUCGCAACCGAUUCUUCCCCCUGGUCCUGGCCUUAGACGUCCAGCAGAGUCUGCGAGCCCAGGCCUCCUCCGAUCUUCAUCGAAUGCAUCGGCACCCUCUCAAUCGUCUUCUCCUAUUAGUUCGAAUUGUGAAUCGUCGAUUAUCCAGGAUGUUAACAUGACACACAUGGAACUCUUUCAUCAUUGUAUUAACAGCAAUUUCGAUCUGCCGCCUUCGUCCGAAGAUCCUAAUAAGAUAGCGUCCCCAGAGAUGAUUGUUGAAGCUGCCAUGUCCUCCCCUUUUCUAAUGAAUGAGAUGUUGGCUUUUGCCGCACUUCAUCUGGCUCACCUCAAGCCUACAAAAGCCCAGUUCUACAAACACCACGCAGUCGGUUUGCAAACUCACGCGCUUAGCAUAUUCAACCGUGAGAUGACGGGCGUCACUAAUGAAAACUGCCUGGAGGUGUUAGUUUUUACUUGGUUUAUGACCUUGCAUACGCUGUGCGAUACCACAGACUCGACAGACCCGCAUAUCUUUUUAGAUCAGUUCAUUCACUAUCUACAGAUGCAACGAGGAGUACGCGCCGUUACUGAAGAAGCAUGGCAUCUGAUGCUCGAGUCGAAGAUGGGCUUCGUGCUGCGGGAGGCUACUAGGAUUUUCGAGGAAGCAGGCCCAGGGUCCCAUACUACUGAGCUGGAGAACUGGAUCCAGCACUCACCGGCAUUGGACGCCAACGAGAAGACUGUCUGCAAAGACGCCCUAGAUAGGAUCCAAUGGUUUCUGAGCAGAGCUGACGAUACGAAGAAAACAGGUACCUCUCUGGGAACGCCAUUCUUGUCUCUGAUCUCGUGGCCCGUAAUAAUCGAAGCCGAUUUCCUUCGACUCAUAUCGGAGAGGAAACCGGAAGCUUUACUCGUACUUGCAUAUUAUGCCAUACCGUUGCACUUUUGUCGAGACGUAUGGAUUAUAAGAAAUGCUGGUCAGCUGCUAGUUCAGAGUAUUCGACUGCACUUAGACCAAAAGUGGCAUAGAUGGUUAGACUGGCCAGGGGCUAUGAUGAAUAUGCUCUCAUAAUAUGUCUAUUAAAGACUUUGCAAUUUAAGGGCCUUAUGGCGUUAUGGGAUAGAUAUGGUGCCUCAGAGAUGGGUUGGUUGUUGGGACUUAAAGGGGCUUGGGUUGAAAGGAGGUCAAUAGCAACGUAUAUUCUGCAUAGGGAUAGAGGAUGUCGGAUGCCUCAAGAGUAGCUAUACCAGAGGUCAUCGCAUCUCAAAUAUUGUAUAUUAUCUAUUCAUAAUCCUAGAUUAAUGC